UGAGAGAUGUUCCUGCGCAUGUGCAGAUUACCCAGCUGUCACUGCCUCCUUAGAGCGUUGUACUGGUGGCUGUAGUCCGGGUAACUAUGUCAUGAAGUCGGGGUGACAGCUGAUGGUGGCUCUCGUGUUGAAGUCGGGAUGAUCCAGGCAAGAAGUCACCCUGAAGUGAACAUUCCAGGGAUUUUUCUGUUCCAAGUAGUGAAACGUCGGUGCUUCCUUCACAAGUGGAUGCUCUCUCUAUACAGAUUAUAUUCUGAAGGUUUCCGCUUCCUUGUCAGGUGUAUGCUAUAAUACACGGAACACUCAUUUAAUGACUGAAGAACAUUCUCCGUUUAUAAUGGACGACUAUACCACCAGGACUUAUGGAACAGGUGGCCAGGACAACAGACCUUUGUUUGGGGAGACCUCUGCCAGGGAUAGAAUCAUCAACAUUAUUGUUGGUGUGUUAACAGCCCUUCUGGUCCUGGUAACAAUUAUCAGUGCUUUCGUAUUUCCCCAACCACCUCCAAAACCAGUGAAUGUUUUCUUUGCCUUCUGCAUACUGCUGUGCUCAAUAACUGGUCUCAUACUGAUUUUUUGGUACCGGCAAGGAGACUUGGAGCCCAAGUUUAGGAAUCUCAUAUAUUACAUUUUAUUCUCACUUGUCAUGUUAUGCAUAUGUGCCAACCUAUAUUUUCAUGAUGUGGGGAAAUGAAUUGUGGGAACAAAACAACAUGAACUGCAUUGAGAAGCAUAUUUUAUGGCAAUGCCAGAGAAUGAAGACACUGGGUGGAAAACAGCACUGACAUUUUCCUUUUAUCCCUUUUAGGAAGGGAGGAGUUACUGCCAUAAAGGACUUUUUCACCUUUUAAACCAUUGUUGCACUUAAAACUUCUGCUAAGAGCCACGGACUGGCACUUUUCUCUUUUUUGUGUGUUUGUUUGUUUUUUUAAGUUGAAGGACUAACUAAAAAAUAUGAAGAAACAAAGACUGCACAAAAUGUUAAAUAAUCUUUAUUUUGUUUAAAUAUAAUACCAUUUUCUUUUUACUAUGCAACAGAUGCCAGUAAGUACUAUAUUUCACAUGACCAAAAUUUAUGUUAGGCUGUGAAAACAUUUUUUGAACAAGAGGGUUUCAAUAAAUAAAAAUAAUUUACUUA